AUGACUCAUGCCAACCUCACCAUCUUCCACCCUGCAGUUUUUGCUCUACUUGGCAUCCCUGGGUUGGAGGCUCAUCACAUUUGGCUGUCAAUACCCCUCUGCCUCAUGUAUAUUACUGCAGUCCUAGGCAACAGCAUCCUGAUAAUGGUCAUCAUCACAGAACGUAACCUUCAUGAGCCCAUGUACUUCUUCCUCUCCAUGCUGGCCAUCAUAGACAUCCUGCUGUCCACCACUACCGUACCCAAGGCCCUAGCUAUCUUUUGGCUUCAUGCCCAUGACAUUGCCUUUGAUGCCUGUGUCACCCAAGUUUUCUUUGUCCACAUGAUGUUUGUGGGGGAGUCAGCCAUCCUAUUAGCCAUGGCCUUUGACCGCUUUGUGGCCAUCUGUGCCCCCUUGCAUUAUACAACAGUGCUAACAUGGCCUAUUGUGGGAAGGAUUGCUCUGGCUAUUGUUACUCGAAGCUUCUGCAUCAUCUUUCCAGUCAUCUUCCUGCUGAAGCGGCUGCCCUUCUGCCGGACCAACAUCAUUCCCCAUUCCUACUGUGAGCAUAUUGGGGUGGCCCGCUUAGCCUGUUCUGACAUCACCAUUAACAUCUGGUAUGGGUUCUCAGUGCCCAUUGUCAUGGUCAUCUUGGAUGUGAUCCUCAUCACUGUGUCUUACUCACUGAUCCUCCGAGCCGUCUUUCAUUUGCCCUCUCAGGAUGCCCGGCACAAGGCCCUCAGCACUUGUGGCUCUCACCUUUGUGUCAUCCUCAUGUUUUAUGUUCCAUCCUUCUUUACAUUACUGACCCACCGCUUUGGACAUAACAUUCCUCGACAUGUCCAUAUCCUGCUGGCUAAUCUUUAUGUGGUGGUGCCACCAAUGCUCAACCCCAUCGUCUAUGGUGUGAAGACAAGGCAGAUCCGGGAAGGUGUAGCCCACCGGUUCUUUGACAUCAAGGCUUGGUGUUGUGCUUCCCUUCCAGGCUGA